CGCAUUCCUGCAAAGGCUGAGAUUGAGCAGAGAGGAGUUGAGCGACUGGCCGCUCCAACCCAGGGAACUGUAAAAGGCAGAGAAAGAAAGAAAACAAAUAGUUCCCAAGAAAAGUAACUGCACUGAAGUGGACACAUGUCGGGCUGAGCAUUUUUGCAACUGUGUUUCCCUGUGUCGGUAGAGAAGGGACAAGAGGAUUACACUGUUGGGGAGUAUCUGUUUUCUCCCGGUGCUUUUCUGUAGUGCGUUUUGGAGUGCAGUGAGGAGCAGUCUGAAGAGGUUGAACGGGGCGAUGCAAGAACAUUUGUCUGGGUUCCUGUAAAACGAAGAAAUACAUAAUCCAGUCUUUCCCCGGCGUUUGAAAUUCCCAACCCUGAAUUAAUAUAUCAAUUCUGGACUUCAGGUUGAAACUACACAAGAACCCGUAUUCCGCUGGAGUGCAAACUGGAGUGAAAGGCAGAAACUGACACUGGAGUCUUCGUCGCACUACAUUAAAUUUGUUCAGAACAGUAUUUGGGAUUUGGGCGUUUAUGAAUGGAGGCUCGCAUUCCAUUUUUAAAUUAAACUUUUAAAAAGCAAAUUUUAUUUUUCCAUUCCCUGUUGGGACGCUCUUUUAAACGUGAAUUUGAAGAUUUUUUUUCCACUUAAAAGCAAAAUGCAUGCCUCGUUAUUAUGAUGUACUGUGGAGCUAUUGAAGACUAUUGUUUUUAAAGAAGACUUACAACAGAUUUAUUAUAAUACAAUAGAACACGUGGACGUAUGUUGUGUGUGGUGUUUAAAAACGAAGGAAGCCGCGUUUGUAUAUUGAAAGGUUGCCUUCAAGGACAUGCUGAAACAAACUUGCUCCAUUGAGGUCCACAUCACAUGAGACACAAGGGCAUGGGGUAUUCGAGUUUUUAAAAGCGGGGACACUUCAGGGAUCUGUUUUAAAUAUCCUCGUGUUUGCACGUAGAGACAUUACAAAGGGUAGUAACAGGCUUUCGCUACUGGACCAGAAGAUAAUACCGAGGGUAACUUUAGCUAGAACCCUUUACGGGAAAUUGGUAUGAGGAAACCAACUUUUCAAUGUCUGAUUUUAUAAAGAAGAAAGAAUCUCCCUUCUGUUGAGCUCAAAGGAUUUAUUUCUUGUUUGUUCUGCUGAUAGGAAUAUUCAUAGAAAAACCUAUAGUGGUCACACCGGUCUGCUCGUCGUACCUUAUUUUGGUGGAAGUGUUGUGUUCUGGCAGCAUGGAGGAAUGGAGACAGUGUGGACGCUGGCUUAUAGAUUGCAAAGUCUUGCCUCCUAACCACAGAGUCGUAUGGCCCACUUCUGCGGUUUUCGACCUGGCACAGACUCUAAGAGAUGGGGUGCUGUUGUGUCAGAUGCUCCACAAUCUCUCCCCUGGAUCUGUUGACUUGAAGGAAAUCAAUUUCAGGCCACAGAUGUCACAGUUUCUGUGCCUGAAGAAUAUCCGGACGUUUCUCAAGGUUUGCCACGACAAGUUUGGACUACGCAACAGCGAUCUGUUUGACCCCUUUGAUCUCUUUGAUGUCCGGGAUUUUGGGAAGGUUAUCUCUGCCCUUUCCAGAAUCUCCCAUCACAGUAUUGCACAGAUUAAAGGGAUCAGGCCUUUUCCUUCAGAAGACACUGCGCUUAAUGAAGAUGAUGUCUACAGGAGCUUGGAGGAGCUGGCAGAUGAGCACGAUGUUGGGGAAGAUGACAUCUAUGACUGUGUCCCAUGUGAUGAUGAUGGGGACGAUAUCUAUGAGGAUAUUAUUAAAGUGGAAGUUCGGCAGCCCAUGAUCAGAUAUAUGCAGAAAAUGGGGAUGACAGAAGAUGACAAAAGAAACUGCUGCUUGUUGGAGAUUCAAGAAACGGAGACAAAAUAUUACAGAACUCUAGAAGACAUUGAAAAGAAUUACAUGAUUCCAUUGAAGCAAGUUUUAAGCCCUCAAGAAAUGGAUGCAAUUUUCGUUAAUCUAGAGGAUUUGAUCAAGGUCCACUUCGCACUGUUGAGGGCUAUUGACAUGACAGUGGCAGCUGGGGGAAAUGGGCUGGGAAAAGUUUUUCUGGACUUCAAGGAAAGGCUGCUAAUUUAUGGGCAAUACUGCAGCCACAUGGAAAAUGCUCAGAAGACUCUGGACAGCCUUAUCGUGACACGUGAAGAUGUCAAGAUGAAAGUGGAGGAAUGCACAAUGAAGGUCCAGGAAGGAAAGUUUAAGCUCCAGGAUCUGCUAGUAGUUCCAAUGCAAAGGGUAUUAAAAUAUCAUCUCCUGCUGAAAGAGCUGGUGGGCCAUUCUGCAGACAGGCCUGAGAGGCAGCAGCUGAAAGAGGCUUUGGAGGCAAUGCAGGACUUGGCAAUGUAUAUCAAUGAAGUAAAAAGGGACAAUGAAACAUUAAAGAAAAUCAGUGAAUUUCAGAGUUCUAUUGAAAACCUGCAUGUGAAACUGGAAGAAUAUGGGCGGCCAAAGAUAGACGGAGAGCUGAAGGUGUCCUCUAUAGUCAACCGUACUAAACAGGACAGGUAUAUAUUCCUCUUUGACAAAGUGGUAAUAGUCUGUAAACGGAGAGGAUACAGCUACGAACUGAAAGAGAUCAUUGAGCUAAUGUCUUACAAAAUGACAGAUGAUCCCAUGAACAACAGAGACAUUAAAAAGUCAAGUGGAAAGAUGUGGUCCUAUGGGUUCUACCUGAUUCACCUUCAGGGAAAACAUGGGUUCCAGUUCUUCUGCAAGACUGAGGACAUGAAGAGGAAGUGGAUGGAGCAAUUUGAAAUGGCAAUGUCAAACAUAAAGCCAGAGAGGGCCACAGCAAACCAUCACAAUUUCCAGAUGCACACGUUCGAAAAGAACACCAACUGCAGGGCCUGCAAGAUGCUGCUCAGAGGAAUUUUUUAUCAAGGUUACUACUGUUCCAAAUGUGGCACUGGAGCACAUAAGGAAUGCCUGGAGGUCAUUACAAUAUGCAAAAUAAAUCCCCAAGACUCGGAGCCUGGACCUCAUGCUUCAGGCCCUAAGAUGGUGGCUGUUCGGAAUUACCAUGGGACCCCCACACUUCCGGGAAAGCCAGUCCUCUCAUUCCAGACAGGGGAUGUCAUUGAGCUGCUGAAAGGUGACCCUGACUCCUCAUGGUGGGAGGGAAAACUGGUGCAGACACAGAAGAGUGGCUUUUUCCCCAGUAAUAGUGUGAAACCCUGUUUAGAUCCUAAGCCCUUUCAGUCUCUUCCUAAUCGGCAGUCAUCCAGAGAUCACGAUUACAAUGCUUAUCCAUGGUUUGCUGGUAACAUGGAGAGACAACAAGCAGACAAUCUCCUUAAGUCCCACACCAGCGGAACGUACUUAAUCAGAGAGAGAACGGCAGAGGCAGAGCGCUUCGCCAUCAGCAUCAAGUUUAAUGAUGAAGUGAAACAUAUUAAAGUUGUAGAAAAAGACAGCUGGAUCCACAUUACAGAAGCAAAAAAGUUUGAAAGCCUCUUGGAGCUGGUUGAGUAUUAUCAAAUGCAUUCUCUGAAGGAGAGCUUCAAGCUGUUAGAUACAACAUUACGGUACCCCUACAAAUCUCGAGAACGGUCUACCUCCCGUGCAAAUACUCGUUCCCCAGCUUCCUGUGCUUCCUACAACUUUUCUUUUCUCAGUCCUCAGGGUCUAAACUUCUCCUCUCAGACCUCUGCUCCCUUCUGGUCAGUGUUUACACCAAGAGCCAUUGGAACAGCUGUAGCCAGGUACAAUUUUGCAGCCCGUGACAUGAGGGAACUGUCUCUGAGGGAAGGAGACGUUGUGAAAAUCUACAGUAAGAUUGGUGGAGACCAGGGCUGGUGGAAAGGGGAAGCCAAUGGAAGGAUUGGCUGGUUUCCCUCAACAUAUGUAGAUGAAGAAGGGGUACAAUGAUUGGACAGGUGGUUCAGAUGUCAUCCUUUCAUUUCCAACAAAAGCCAUUCCUUUUACUGCUCUCUGAGAGGACUCUUGAGUAUCAAGGGAAAUCUUCUGAAACCUUGUGUGGAAUAAUUGCUGGAACAUUGCAUCAGCUACGUGUUUUACAGUGAACAUUUGUACUUAUGAUUUUGGUUACAUAUGAAUCUGCUUUAUUGUUACAAAAGAGUUCCAUUAAGGAAACUGGAUUAGAAGAUGCACUACCCCUUUGCAGAGGGAAAGGGGUGUUUUAAGGGGUCUUAAUCUCUUAAGAGAGAGCAGAAUCAUGCUUUAGUCCGAAAAUCCCAGCAUGAAAACAGAAAACUUCACUUUGUUGUACAGUUACAGUGUUUGGGGGUAUUUGCAGGAUUUCUGCAGGAAGGGUAUUAUAAUGUAUAAAUAAUUUAUUUAAAAAUUGACAUACUAGAAACUUAUACUGAAAAUAAUUCUACCAAUUAAACAAAACAGUUGUAGAACAAAAAUUACUUUCUUUGCUGAGAGAAUAUGCCUUAGUAGUCAUGGUAUUGCCUUGUGGGCUGGUGAAAUAGAGGGGACAGUUCUGUGAGGGUAUUUUCAACUUGCUGUGGAAUGCUGUUUAAAACAAAUUGGUGCCUUGAAAGUGGACAGAAAUCUUUCAAAAUCAGCUGCCCUCGGUCUCUGAAUUUGCACAACUGUCUUGGGACAGAGAUAUCGGUGGUCUUUUGCAGUAUUUAAAGAGCAUUUGUGUAAAUUACCUUUUGAGACCAGUCCUUUGACACCAUGAGACCCAAAUCUACCAGAAAUUCAUCAAGAAAUAGCCAAGGGGUACUGCAUCAGUUAUCCUCAUUCUAAGCGAGGAGGAAGUCUAGAUACUGUAUGCAUGCAGAGAAGGAAAAAAACGGAAGGCCCUAACUCAUGCUAUAUGCACACAAAGAAAAAAAACAUCCAUUUACAUGCCUUUGAAUGAGUAAUAGUUUGUAGUAAUUGCAGCAAUGAAAACUAGAGAAAAUAGUAAUAUACUGUACUAUUAUGAACUAGAUGGUAUAUUUUCAAAUUAUUUUUCCAUAGAAUCAGGCAAUGAAUAAUUAUGUUUUUGCAGUUUUGAUUUGCAGCAAUUACUGCAUGCAUACACAUAAACCUUCCUCUUAAUGAGGCUAUGAGUGUUUGUUUUUAUUCUAAAGAAAAUAAAGUACUCCAACACAGUGCUACCAUUUUAAUGUACAUUUAUUUAGUGGGCAAAGAGUACGAAGACAGAAAAAUGAGCAUAUACACACAAAUAACCGAAGGGUCAGAAGGACAGAUACAUCACAAAUUCUGUGAUGAACUAUUCUACAAAGGAACAGCUGGAUAGACAUGUCAUGGCAAAAUUCUAGGCCUUCAUCUGUGGCUGAUACAUGAACAUGCUGGACAUAGGAGUUCCAAAUGGUUGGAAUUUAAAGAAAAUAGUGCCCUAGGAGCACAUACUGUAUCAGCUUCAUUACUGAAAGAAUCUGUUAUUUGCUGGGGGGGGGGCAUAUUGCUUGAAAUUAAUGGUUCCCCUUUGUCUAUAGUAGGGGCAUGUUUGAUGUUCUUGGGAAUACGGCUUAUCCGUCAUUUCUGCAAUGAGAUGAAAGAUUGUUAAAAAAAAACUAUUUUCUUAGAAUCAGCUGACCCUUUGAUUAUUUGCUGUGUCAUUUCUAUGUAUCCUUAUAAAUAAAAUGUAACAUUUACCCCUGUGAGAUAUGUAGCAUAUGACUGAAACUGCAGAAAUAUGUAAAUCCAUUUUUUUGCACAGAAAUAAGAAUUAAAUCCUGAUUGUUCUGGGUUGGAAUUCUAGUUCAGUGUGUGAAAAAGUAAACUGCUUUAAUCAUUUUUCAAGCUUUGUCACAAAAUGUGGAUUGCAAUGUCACCCUGACUUACAGAUACAGUAUCUGAAUUUUCUUUUUAAAGUGCAAAUUUCCUUUUGUGAUUUUGCCUUAUCUCCAAUGCCUGGUGCUCUGAUUUUUGUAAUUGUUUACAUUAUUAAUCAUUAAUGACUUAAGCUAAGCAAAGAUCACUGGUUGUGGACACCAAAUUAUUUAAUUUUAUUUUUUUAUAUUUAAUAGAAACUUCCCAACAGCAGUUUAUUCCUGUUUUGGAAUGUGACUCCAGAUGCACACUGCACCUUUUAUCUGGGUCUUGACCACAGUAGAGUGGAGGGCUGUUAUUACCCUGUUCACAAUACCUAGAAAAGACCAAUCAUAACUUUAUGAAAAGGAUUCUCAAAGAAAACUAUGGCUAUUGCGUGGUUUCAAGGUGUUGAUGACAUUAUAUGGGCCAUGUAAAUAGGGUAUCGGAGUGGACGAGUCCUAAAAUGGUUCCCUACCAGGUGUACUGGGAAUGAGAUCACACAGCGGUAGUUAGAUGCUGGAAAAAAGGGAUUAGUUGCUGGUUGCAUAUUGGUAACCCAUUGCAUGUGGUUAUAGAUAUUUUAAGUCCUGUCAUUAAAAUCUUCAAACAAAUUCUUUAUUAUGUGUACUAUAUUGAAUGAUCAGUUUUCAAUUGAGGUUUUUACAGCAAAUAAACAUUCUUUUUUGCUUACA